CUUGCUCUGUUGAGGCUGUCAUUUACUACCACCACCGCCACCGGGCCCAGAGAAGAGGAAGGAGGAGAACAACAAGAUGGCGCUGACCAGUUUUUUACCAGCACCAACACAGCUAUCUCAGGACCAGUUGGAAUUAGAAGAGAGGGCAAGAUCGCAAAGGGUGAGACAGACUGCGUUGGUGUCAUCACGAAGGGAGCCUCCCCCUUAUGGUUAUCGGAAAGGAUGGAUACCACGGAUGUUGGAGGAUUUUGGAGAUGGAGGCGCUUUCCCAGAAAUUCACGUUGCUCAAUAUCCUCUGGAUAUGGGCCGAAAGAAGAAAAUGUCCAAUGCAUUAGCUGUUCAGGUCGAUGCAGAAGGAAAAAUAAAAUACGAUGCUAUAGCUCGGCAGGGGCAGUCAAAAGACAAGGUCAUUUACAGCAAGUACACAGACCUGAUUCCAAAGGAAGUUAUGAAUGUCGAUGACCCUGAGCUGCAAAGACCUGAUGAGGAAGCUGUCAGAGAGCUUACAGAAAAGACCCGAGCAGCCCUGGAAAAGUCGGUCUCCCAGAAAAUUGCAGCAGCCAUGCCAGUCCGAGCAGCUGAUAAACUAGCUCCAGCUCAAUACAUUCGAUAUACACCAUCACAACAGGGUGUGGCCUUCAACUCUGGUGCAAAACAGAGAGUUAUUAGAAUGGUGGAGAUGCAAAAGGACCCCAUGGAGCCACCAAGAUUCAAAAUUAACAAGAAAAUUCCUCGUGGACCACCAUCUCCUCCAGCUCCUGUAAUGCACUCUCCCAGCAGAAAGAUGACUGUGAAGGAGCAACAAGAAUGGAAAAUUCCUCCUUGCAUUUCAAACUGGAAAAAUGCAAAGGGUUACACUAUUCCAUUAGAUAAGCGUCUGGCUGCGGAUGGCAGAGGUCUGCAGACUGUACACAUCAAUGAAAACUUCGCCAAGUUGGCUGAGGCUCUUUACAUUGCUGACAGAAAGGCUCGUGAGGCUGUAGAGAUGCGAGCCCAGGUGGAGCGGAAGAUGGCCCAGAAGGAAAAAGAGAAACAUGAGGAGAAGCUCAGGGAAAUGGCCCAGAAAGCCAGAGAGCGAAGAGCUGGAAUCAAAACUCAUGUAGAGAAAGAGGAUGGAGAAGCAAGAGAACGUGAUGAAAUCAGACACGACAGGCGAAAAGAGAGACAGCAUGACCGGAAUAUUUCCAGAGCGGCCCCUGACAAAAGGUCAAAGUUGCAGCGGAAUGAGAACAGAGAUAUUAGUGAAGUCAUUGCUUUGGGUGUUCCUAACCCUCGGACAUCCAAUGAGGUCCAGUAUGACCAGAGGCUCUUCAACCAGAGUAAGGGUAUGGACAGUGGCUUUGCUGGAGGAGAAGAUGAAAUUUACAAUGUCUAUGACCAGCCUUGGAGAAGUGGUAAAGACAUGGCCCAGAACAUCUAUAGGCCCAGUAAAAAUGUGGACAAGGACAUGUAUGGUGAUGAUUUGGAGGCACGCAUAAAAACUACUAACAGGUUUGUUCCUGACAAGGAAUUUUCUGGCUCAGAUCGCAGACAAAGAGGUCGAGAAGGACCAGUUCAGUUUGAGGAGGAUCCUUUUGGUCUAGAUAAAUUCUUGGAGGAAGCCAAGCAGCAUGGGGGCUCAAAAAGGCCUUCUGAUAGUAACCGUCCUAAAGAACAUGAGCAUGAAGGCAAGAAGAGAAGAAAAGAGUAAGGAAUUGGGGUUUUUUUCUAGAUAGUGAAACUGAAUUCAAUACUUCAAGCAUUUUAAACAGACUGCAGAGGAUUGUCUUAACCAAUUGGCAGCUCCUCUGUAGUGGAUAUAAUGCUCCACGAGUCUUCUAAUAGGACACUUUAACCCAUGGAACAAAAGGGAAGGAAAAAAAUAGGACCACUGGAUUACAUAGUUUCUGCAUCUUGGACUCUAGCUGUGCUGUUUUCCUUUGUUUCUACAUAGCUGGAGCUCUGUUACCUUGUCUUCAGUUUGGAAUACACUGCUUGAUUUACUUUGUUCUUAGUUAAAGCUGGUUAUUUCACCUGAUAAUACUCCCCUUGUACAUAGUUUGCCCUGCCUCAGCUGUAUUGUACUUAAAAGGGGGAAGGGUACUGUGAUUUACUUGCUGUGAUUGUAUAGUUCAUUUUAAGCUUAGAGAAACAGCUGGAUUCAGUGAACUGAGAAUACAUAUCCAAGUUUAUUUUAGUUUCUUUACAGUGAAAUAAAGACUCCUUCCUUUAA